AUGUUUGUCACUAAGUGGUCUCCAGGUAUCCAGCAAAUCAAACCAGAACUGGAGAUGGUGCCGGUUUGGCUUGAGUUUACAGGAGUACCACUCCAGUUCUUCAACAAGGAUGCCCUGAAAGAGAUUGCAAUGGUUGGACACCCACUUUGCUUGCAUCCUGCUACAGAAAACCUUACCAACAUCGAGGUAGCUAAGGUGUAUACUGUCAUUGACCCGAGGAAGCCACUCCCAGAGUUUGUCAAUGCACGAUUUGAGUGUGGAGAUACUAGAAGAAUUGCUGUUACGAGCCCUUGGCUCCCUUCACUCUGCUCUUUCUGCAAAAAGUUUGGACAUACUAUCACAAGAUGUAAGCAUGCUCUUAAAACUUGCCUGACUUGCAACUCAGUGAAGCAUCCUACUGCCUUGUGCCCCCGCACAAAUCACUCAGUUGCUGAUAAGGAGAAACAUGAGAAGAAGGAGGGUAAGAAACGGGAGGGCAAGAAACCGAUAAAAAGCCUUCUCCCUAUUGUUGGACAGCCUGCCGUGACUACUAAUACGGUGGACCCCAAGAAUGCUAAGCUGCCUGCCCCAAAACGCACGGCUGGCACCCAUAAGGAAAAACCAGCUGAUGCUCCCGCCUAUAAGGAGAUUCUGACAAGCUCCCUAUCUCCCUCAAUUGCUGACAUCGCGGCAUCCCCUGGCUCACAAGAUCUCUCAGCUGAAGGGUGUUUUGAAGAUCAUCAACAGACUAGCACUGGCUCUUCUGGCUCCUUCUCAGACAUUCCACUCUCUGAAGAGGAUGAUAACCCAUCAGAUGAUGAGGAUGAAUUCAUUGAAUUUUUCUCCAAGAGACACAAGAAGCGGGCAAAAGCGAAUGCUAGGGCUAGAGGCUCUUUAAUCCUCUAA